UAGAUGGAGAAAGGACUAUUACACGUCACUUCAACCGGCAGACAGCAGCCUCUAAAGUAACGUCACAUUUGUGUGUAAUAAGGGUUGUUUUUUUUCCUCUUGAAAUUCAUGAUUUGUUGAAUAGUUAGACUUGACAAGUUUCUAUAGAAGACGUAAAUUUAGAACGGAUUGAAAUUUAUUUCGUUGCAACGUGUAUUUAACAAAACUUAAAAAAUGCUGGGAUCGAUGCUAGAAGAGUUCCAGCGGAUGAACAAACGUCAAUUUUUCUAUCAGGUGCUGAGUUUUGGUAUGAUUGUUUCUUCAGCUCUUAUGAUCUGGAAAGGUUUAAUGGUAGUUACUGGUAGUGAAAGUCCAAUUGUUGUGGUUCUGAGUGGUUCAAUGGAGCCUGCAUUCCAUAGAGGAGAUUUGUUAUUUUUAACAAAUCCUACUGAUGAACCCAUCAGAGUUGGUGAAAUCGUUGUAUUUAAAAUUGAAGGAAGAGACAUCCCCAUAGUCCACCGAGUCCUCAAAGUCCAUGAAAAGGGGAAUGGUACCACCAAGUUUCUCACAAAAGGUGACAACAACCGUGUUGAUGACAGAGGACUCUAUGCCCCAGGUCAGCUCUGGUUAACUCCUCGUGAUGUAGUUGGUAGAGCUAAAGGUUUCCUACCAUAUGUUGGAAUGGUUACAAUUAUGAUGAAUGAAUACCCCAAACUUAAGUAUGCUGUCCUUGCCUGCCUCGGUCUUUAUGUGCUGAUUCACAGAGAAUAAUUUAAUGUGUUCACGCUUUUUCGUGGUAUAAAUAAAGCUCAUGUCAACAACACAA